AUGGCGGUCACCAGCAAGAGGGUGUACAACUGGUACAUCUCCCUCAUGGCGGCCAUGUGCAUGGUCCUCUACGGGUACGAUGCCUCCGUCUACAACUCCCUCCAGGGCUCCAAGAACUGGCUCGCCUGGGUCGACGUCGACCUCAAGAAGGAUACGCAGUUGAUCGGUCUCGUCAACACGGCCUACACCAUCGGUGCUAUCGUUGCCGGUUUCUUCAUCGGUGGUCCCUUGGCCGAUCAACUCGGUCGCCGCUGGGGCAUGGCCAUCGGCUGCUUCGUCACCAUCAUCGCAACCCUCAUGCAGACCUUCACCCCUCACCACAAGCUCGGAGUCUUCAUCGCCGGUCGUGUCAUCAUCGGUCUCGGACAGGGCAUGGCUCUCACCGCCGGCCCCGUCUACAUCGGCGAGGUUGCGCCCUCUCAGAUCCGUGGCCACAUCAUGGCCUGCUGGCAGAUGUUCUACAGCGUCGGCAGCUUCAUCGCCUACUGGAUUAACUACGCCUGCUCCAAGCACCGCGCCUCGCUCGGCGAGUGGGACUGGAAGAUGGUCGUCAUCUUCCAGAUGCUCGUCCCCAUCAUCAUCAUCAUCGCCCUGCCCUUCCAGCCCGAGAGCCCCCGCUGGUACGUCCAGAAGAAGGGCGACAUCGACUCCGCCCGCGCCGCCCUCAUGCGCAUCCGCGACACCGAGCAAGAGGUCGAGGAGGAGCUCCUCACCAUCCGCGAGGCCGUCGAGUACGAGAAGGAGGCCAUCAGCAGCAGCUACUCCGCCCUCUUCAAGGACGCCUCCAUCCGCAAGCGCCUCUACCUCGCCUUCGUCCUCAACGUCGGCCAGCAGCUCACCGGCCAGGGCACCCUCAACAGCUACUCCACCGCCAUCUACAAGAAGGUCUGGCCCUCGGACGACACCAUCAACCUCAUCAACGCCCUCAACGCCACCUGCGGCAUCCUCUUCACCCUCAACGCCAUGUGGACCGCCGACCGCUUCGGCCGCCGCUGGCUCUUCAUCGUCGGCGCCGCCGGCAUGGCCAUCUGCAUGCUCAUCGUCCCCAUCGUCGGCCUCAAGACGCCCUCCGCCGCCGACGGCACCAAGAGCGAGUCCGUCGGCAUCGCCAUCGUCUUCCUGCUGUUCCUCUUCACCUUCUUCUACAAGCCGUCCUGGGGCGCGACCACGUGGAUGUACACCUCCGAGAUCUUCUCCGUCAACGUCCGCGCCCAGGCCGUCGGCAUGUGCUCGCAGAUGCAGAACGUCGCCAACACCAUCUUCCAGCAGUUCUUCCCCACCUUCCUGGCCAACGAGGGCCUCAAGUGCCUCUUCUUCUUCAUGGGAAUGAACAUGGUCCUGGGCGUGUUCGUGUACUUCUUCAUCCCCGAGACGAAGCAGAUCCCGUUGGAGGAGGUUGAUGUGCUCUUUGGCGGCGCCAACCACAUCGAGAAGGGAGGCCAGAUCAUGGGUGUCGACAACCAACACCCCGGGACCGCCUCUGGUUCUGAGAAGGACGGGGCUCAGGUCCAGCAGACCGAGAGGAAGGAAGUUGUUUGA